GUAGAAGAAAGAAAAAAGAGAUUGCCACGUACAGACAUGGGGUGUUUGGUGGUUAUUGCGGUGUUAUGUCUUGUAACUACAAGUAAUUGUAAACUACGUGGCCAUUUAGAGAUUCUUGGCUCUCAUGCUGAUCCAAGUGAAGUUAUACCGGAAAUAAGUGUUGUUCCCCAACCACGUGACUUCUAUAACAACUAUGUGAAGCCGCGACAACCAGUUGUUUUCCGUGGAGCGGCUUUUCAUUCAAAAGCCGCGGAACUAUGGACACCACAGUAUUUAGAAAGCACAUACGGGGACAUGGUGGUGAGGCUGGAAGCAAGGUUUGAAGGCGAUAGUACGAUGCCGGCAACUGAGAUCGGGGUUGGACGUGACACGAUGAAACAUUUCAUUCAAAACUAUAACACAAUAGAUGGUUAUGUUAUAUCACAGAUACCAGAACCCAUGGAGAAAGAUGUGGCCAUUCCACCUUGUUUAAGAUGUGGACAUUUUGCCAAAGGAGUACAGGAGGUCCAUCUCUUCAUAACUGCAGCCGGAGGAAAGACUCUUCUACACAGAGAUCCAUUCGCAAACAUUCAUUGUGUUUUUAACGGCACCAAAGAUUGGAUCACUGUAGAUAAUAAAUACCAAGACUACGUGUACCAACACCAUAGCUCAAACAGUGAGUUUGGAGGAUUCUCGGAAGUCAACGUUGAUGCAGUGGACCUCAAACAACAUCCGGAUGUUGCGAAGAUUAAAUAUGGAAAAGUGACUUUGAAUGGAGGGGAUUGCAUCUACAUGCCUGGAGGUUACUGGCACCAGGUUCGAGUGAAUGGUGAAUACAACACAGCUGUGUCCAUCUGGUUCAGCAGGAGUUUGAAAGCGAUUCCCCUUGACUGGAGCGAUUGCAACAAACAGUUUGAUUUCACCCCGAUGUCCGAGGUCGAUGUUUUAUGGAGGUUUAGUGGCAAAAAUGAUACGAUACCACAAGGCAGCAUGGACAUCCAUGUUAUGAAGGCCGUUCUCCUAACCUUUGUUGACGAUAAUGAUGUCAUAGACAUUGAUGAGUUUUGUAAGACAAUGAUCGGACGAGAAAGGAAAGGAACAAAUUAUAAUCAUGACAGAGCACGCACUGAGUUUCGCUUAGCCAUGCUUAAUGGGACCGAUAAGGUCAGGGGGUCAAGGGUCAAAUCGUUGUCCAACGAAGAAAUGAAACGUUUGAUUCGCAUUUUGGACCCAGAAGAUGUUUCAAACACAGAGACUUACGAAUACAGCUACCUUGAUGUUGAGAAAGUGAAAGAUGUAUGGAGCACCCUGCUUGAUCAGAAAGCAUCCGGAUUUGAACCCAAGAGUUUUGUGUCUUUAUACACGUCCCAUCUUGGUGGAACAAACAAAGUUGCUUUAGAGAUUCUAUCAAAACUGAACCCGAGCGGUCUCUCCCUUAUAACUCCACAAAUGGUGGAAAGCAAUGCCAAAGAUGCUCUCUUGAAAUUCUCAACUUCUAGACAUCAUGAUCCACAGAAUGAAAGAUUAUGGUUCGAACGUCUGAGAAUAAAAGAUGAACUUUAAACUCAAAGGAGAGAUUGAUGAUAUGUUAAUUUAGCAUGUUCUCGUUUUUAAUUCAUUCGCUUUUUUUCAAAAUUUGCCAAAUUUCAUUCAUUCAUUCAAACUAUGUUCAGAGCAACAUAAGAUUUCAUUCACCUAUUUACAUUUGCAUUUACCUUCCAUUUACAUCUAUGAUAGCGAUACAAAACAUGCCAUUCACACAUUCUGCAGAAUAUGGCACUUUAUGACAAUAUCUUUCAUAUGUAAGGCGCUCCCAUGCACUGGUGAAGAAAUGUUAAAAACCACUUUGCAAAACCAGCAUUUCCAGACCCCAUUAAGAAAUCCUAAUAUUUUUAUACAGAUUUGGUUAAUUGUUUAACACUUUAACUAAUUGCCUGCAUGAGGCAAAUUAUAGCGCAAUUAUUUCAUUAUCAAAACUAUUGUAAACAAAAUGACGGCAUACCCCUGGCAUGCUAUGUAGUCAUUUACAUUUUUAUUCGUUCAUCAUUGUAAAAACUUCAUUCACCAUGUGUUAAACCACCCACCUAUGUUAGAAGCACUUUGGAAAUAUCUGCGUUUAUUUCACUGUCCUUUGCUGUCAAAGAGAUUAAAUUUGAGAAGAUUAUCCUUG